CCUGUGACGCAACAACAUCGAAUACCUAUCUCACAGUACCAAUGGCCAAUGAGAAUUGCUGUGACGCUCUCGGAAUGCUACUCAUCGGCAACUUUUCGACCGAAAUUCGUAUCACAAAAUUUCAUGUUGCAAAGAAUUGAGUGCUGGUUCAAUACAUAUAUAAGAAGUACUUUAUUCAAAGGUUAUCGAACAACUUUCUUCAUCGACAGACAUUAUCACAAUCCAGAGCUUCCACGGCACCAUCCAAGUCAUCUAUCAGCAUGCAUUUCUCAAGAUUGAGUAUGGCCUUUGUGGCCACUCUUACCACUAUUAGUAUAUCUGCUCCUGUACCAAACGUGGGCAACGCCAUGAGCAAGCGAGAGGAGGUCACUUUUCCCCCAUACGGAAUGUUCACCACUUCCUCUGAUAUCAGCGAGAAGACCAAACGUGAAGAGGAUAUCUAUCCACCUUAUGGAAUGUUCACAUCUUCCUCGGAUGUUGCAGAAAAGGUCAAACGAGAAGAGGACAUCUAUCCUCCCUACGGGAUGCUCACGACCUCCUCCAAUUCCCCCAACGCCAAACGCGAAGAAGAUAUCUACCCGCCUUACGGAAUGUUCACUACUUCCUCUGAUUCCGCCAAAGCUAAGCGCGAGGAAGACAUUUACCCACCAUGUGGCAUGUUUAGUACUGCCACUGAUGCCGAGAAAGGUAAACGCGAGGAGGAUAUCUAUCCACCACACGGCAUGUUUGUAAGUCAAUCCCACAACUUGAAGAGUGAUAUAGACUAAUUCGUCAUAUUCAGAGCACAUCCACCGAUGAGAGCAAGUAAGCUCACUCUGGCGCUGGUCACAAGAUGAGAGACGAGGAUGAGGGCUAUGUGGGUGGGCCUAUGGGCCUUGGGGGAGACUGUGGCGGUGAAUUCGGAUCUUAGGAUUUGGAGUGGUGUUCCCUGGUGCGCAGGUUGUUGGCGCCAGUCCUUUCGAACGUUCGGAUGAAGUUAGCUAGAAGAUUAUCACAGAAUGUAUGCCAAUUUCGCUCCUUAGACGUUGCUCGGAUGCAGGACCGUACGCGCGAUUACUUGCCAUCGCGAAAUCUUAACUGAUUACGGAUGUGGCCUUCUCGACUUGUUGCGAUGACCCUUAAGUGUAACAGCGAUUUGACAACCUAGUAGCCCACGUCUUCGUUCGCUGAGCAAUUUCCUGCU